AUGAGAAGAGGACGUAGUAGAAAGAUAGUUAGAUUUAAUUUCAAAGACACCCAAUUCCUUGAUUCUGACACUGAUAGUAAAAAAGGAGCGGGUUUUACUCCUUCUAUCCGAAAAGACAAGGCAAACAAACUUUGCAACUUUAGCGAAGCUAGCAUUGUUAACAAAAAGAAGCCUAAUCUGAAGCUUCCUAAGAUCAAAAGUCUUGGGAUGGCAAAGAAGCCUAGCCCUUUAGCACAAUAUCUUUCUGCAAAUUCCACCCCCAAAAGCUCUGAUGGUCAGCCAAAACUAAAGCACUUCAAGAACAGAUAUACUGUUAAAAAUGGGAGUAAGAAAUAUUCAGAAUUUCUUGGGAUUCAGAAGAAGAAGACCUCUGACAUCCUCCAAAUAAUCUUCAACAAGGACUACACCAAAGAAUCCGAAAGUCCGAAGACUACCAAGGCUCAUGGGAAAUCUCUAAGCAAGAUAGAAUCCCAAUUUGGUUUGUCACACCUGAAUGGAAGGUUUGUACAAGAGAAGAGAAUCGUUCCAAAUAUUGUACGAGAUUUCUGAAUGAACUCCAAUAAAGAAGUUAUGACUCCAGCUCAAACAAAGUGAGACUUGUUGAAACACUCAAAACAAGAACUUGAGAGAGAAUUCAAUUCAAGAGGAACAAAAGACUUUAAUUCCUUCAUCGAAUAAACCCAGAUAUUGGAAUAUUCCUAAAUUGGUUAGAGUUGAUUACUAAAGGGCUAACCUUAAGGUUCCAGCAAAGAUAAUUUUACCAACUCAAUGAUAAGAUUGUAAAGCUUUAUCAUCUAAAAUAUCAGUUU